AUGGGAAUUCCUGGAUUAACUACUUACAUAAAUAAACAUUCAGACAUCUAUUUAGAAUAUUAUGAAUUGCACAAUACAUACCUAGUAAUUGAUGGAAAUAGCAUUUGUUGUUCAAUAUAUAAUUUAUACACGAAGUGCAAUUGUGCAUUUGGUGGUGAUUAUGAUAAUUAUGCGCAAUGUGUGAUAGAUUUUUUCAAUGAUUUGUUAAAGUGUAAAGUAAAACCUUUGGUUUUACUUGAUGGUGGUAUUGAAGACAGAAAAUUGAAAACUAUUAUAAAAAGGACCAAAGAAAGAAUUAAUUCUGCAUAUUCAUUUUGCUCACUUAAUCAAAAGAAAAUUAAGUAUUUUCCUUUGUUAAUAAAGGAAAUAUUCAGAGAUGUGAUGAGAGAAAAAAAUAUUCGACAUGUACAGUGUCUGUUUGAAGCUGACAAUGAUAUAGCAUCAGUAGCAAAAAUCCUAAAUUGCCCAGUGCUUAGCUAUGAUUCAGAUUUUUAUAUAUAUGGAACUUUGUAUAUACCAUUUGAUACAUUAGAUACUCAUGUAGUGAAAAAUCCAAAUGGAAAUGGUUAUAUGAAAUGCUGCAAAAUUUACAAAGUUGAGAACUUGCUUAAAUCUUUUAAAGGAUUAGACCAGACAAUGUUGCCAUUGGCUGCAAUAUUAUUAGGUAAUGACUAUGUGAAAUAUAAAACAUUCAAGAAUUUUUUUCGUCACUUGAAACUAAGAGGUGCAUCAAACAAGAGGCGUAAUCAUCGACAAUGUUGUAUAGAAACAACUUUGAUCUGGUUGAGUAAGCACACUUUGAACAAUGCUAUCAUAGAAGUUUUAAGUAGCUUAAUUAAGCCUGUGCGACAGAAAAUAUUAGACUUAAUAGAGGUCAAUAUAAAUAAUUAUACAAACAUAUCUACUGAGGUACUUAUACCUCUAGGUUUUUCAACAGCUUAUGUUUCUCUUGCAAAUACAUAUCAUUUGAAUAAAAGUUUUAAAUUUAAUGGAGACAUCAAUGCAUUGACAUACAUUGAAGAAGAUUGCAAAGAAGAAAAUAAUGAAAAGGAAGAAGAACAGGAACAAGAAAAAGAGGAUGGAAUAGAAACACAAAUAACAAAUACACUUAAUGAGUUCAAAUCAAUGUCUAAAAAUGCAGCUGUUAAUAAUUUACCUCUGUGGUUUGUAAAUGAAUUUCUUAGGAGUAAAUAUCCAGCACAUUUUAUGGAUUUAAUAGUACGAUGUUUAUAUAUUUGCCCUGUACAAGUAGAAGAUUACUGUUAUCCUUCCAGUGCCAUAACAAGCUUAAAAAUUCUCAGUGUAAUAUUUCGAAUUUUAAAAUCAACAAUAGAUGACAAAGUAUGUUAUAUGAAAUACAUGGUGAGAAAUCAAAACAAGAAACUUAUGUGCUGUACAUUAGAGGCUACAAAAAUCAUGAAUAUGUGUGAACUUCCUUCUUUAUUCAAUCUUAAAGAAAUUCCAUUACUUAUUCGCAGACAGAUUUUAAAUAACACUUUGGGAAUUACAAAUAUGGAUUGUAUAAAUGAAGUACCACCAGAGUGGAGAUUGUAUGUUGGAUGCAUCAAAUAUUGGAUAUAUCAACAAGAAUGUUCUACAUUUCAUAAAUGUUAUUUGUAUUCUAUAUUUAUUUCCAUGUUAUUUAAUAUAAUAGAUUCCAAAAUUGGAAGACACAGAAAUAUGUACAUCUUUCAGAAAAAAUAUUGUCAAAUAAUUGA